CCCUUGCCCCCCCAUCUCUCUCUCUCUCUCUCUCUCUUUAUCCUCUGUCACAUCUGAUCUCCUCUACUCAUCCCUACCAAUUCCCCGUUGUUCUCACAGCCGUAACAGUGCAAGAGACUGGGAGACUAGCAGGGGGAGUCAACCAAAACAGUACAACAACUUCACUGGAAGAGAAAAAGAAAGAAACGACACCCAAAUAAGUAAGGUCCUGCACUGAGGUUUCUUCCUUCUACUCUGCACUGAUAUCAGAUUUUGUCCCAACUGACUGGCCUAAAGAGACGUGAUAAUGGGAGAGAUUGAGCAGCUCCGUCAAGAGGCAGAAUCACUGAAGAAACAGAUUGCUGAGGCCCGUAAGGCUGUGGCUGAUACAACACUUGCGGAUAUUGCUGCAGGAAUAGAAGUUGUUGGACGAAUUCAGCUGAGGACAAGAAGGACCCUACGUGGACAUUUAGCUAAAAUAUAUGCAAUGCACUGGUCAACUGACUCCCGGCUGUUGGUCAGUGCCUCACAGGAUGGCAAACUCAUUGUCUGGGACAGUUACACUACCAAUAAGGUCAAUGCCAUCCCUCUUCGCUCCUCUUGGGUCAUGACCUGUGCUUAUGCUCCAUCUGGGAACUUUGUGGCUUGUGGAGGGUUGGACAAUAUGUGUUCUAUUUACAAUCUAAAAACCCGUGAGGGAAAUGUAAAGGUCAGCCGUGAGCUAGCUGCCCACACAGGUUAUUUGUCCUGUUGCCGGUUUCUGAAUGAUAAUGAAAUUGUGACUAGCUCUGGUGAUACUACCUGUGCAUUGUGGGAUAUUGAGACUGGAACACAGAAGACAGUUUAUACUGGCCAUAGUGGAGACUGCAUGAGCCUGGCAGUAUCACCAGACUUCACCUUCUUUAUUUCUGGGGCUUGUGAUGCGACUGCCAAACUUUGGGAUAUCCGAGAGGGCUCCUGUCGACAGACAUUUUAUGGGCAUGAGUCAGACAUCAAUGCUAUUUGUUUCUUCCCAAGUGGCCAAGCCAUUUGCACUGGUUCUGAUGAUGCAACUUGCAAACUUUUUGACUUGCGUUCUGACCAAGAGCUGAUCGCAUUCUCACAUGAGAGCAUCAUCUGCGGAAUUACAUCUAUUUCUACUUCUCGGAGUGGGCGUCUCAUCUUGGCUGGUUAUGAUGAUUUCAACUGCAACAUCUGGGACACACUAAAGGCAGAACGUGUCGGAGUGCUGUCAGGUCAUGACAACAGAGUCAGCUGUAUCGGUGUGACUGCUGAUGGCAUGGCUGCCGCCACAGGAUCCUGGGACAGUUUUCUUAAAAUCUGGAACUAAGACGACAAUUUAACAGGACAACAAAUCAGAAACGGAUGUCGUCUAUCACUAUUAAUCUCUGACUGAAAAUGGUCAAAGUUUGCGAAGAAUGAAACCAUAUUCCUGCAGUCCUCUUGGCCAGUAAAGGUCCAACAACCUGACUGCAUAGUUUAGUGAAGUUGAGAUGUAGAAUUGAUGACAGAUGCUUAAAUGAUACUUCUCUUUUUUACUGUAUAAGUUUCUUUCUUGACCAAUGUACAUUUAUGCAUCUGACCUUCUACCCUCACUUGUCACUUCUGCGUCAAUUUCCAACUGCCAGUUAGAGAUGAAAAAAAGGUUAGGAUUUCAAAUGCAUUGGAAUGAUGUAGUUGUUCAAAUGUAGCUGACCAGUUGUGUGGGAUUUUAAGUCUGGCAUUAUAAUUAUUUUUAUUU